GGGAGAAUGGAUAUAGUGAAUGCAGGGUCCGGGGAGAGCAGAUAUAGUGAAUGCAGGGUCCUGUGAGACCAGAUAUAGUGAAUGCAGGGUCUUGAGAGAGGGGAUAUUGUGAAUGCAGGGUCUGGGAGAGUGGAUAUAGUGAAUGCAGGGUCCGAGGUGAAUGGAUAUAGUGAAUGCAAGGGUCCGAGGAGACUAGAUAUAGUGAAUGCAGGGUCCAAGGAGAGCAGAUAUAGUGAAUGCAGGGUCUGGGGAGACCAGAUAUAUAGUGAAUGCAGGGUCUGGGGAGACCAGUUAUAGUGAAUGCAGGUUCCGGGCAGACCAUUUAUAGUGAAUGCAGGAUCCAGGGAGAGCAGAUAUAGUGAAUUCAGGUGACGGGAAGAGCGGAUAUAGUGAAUGCAGGGUCCGGGGAGACUAUAUAUAUAGUGAAUGUAGGGUCCUGGGAGACAGGAUAUAGUAAAUGCAGGGUCCUGGGAGACAAGAUAUAGUGAAUGCAUGGUCCUGGGAGACAGGAUAUAGUGAAUGCAGGGUCCGGGGA